AUGCUCAGCGCGUGGAGAUACGACUCGGACACAAAGGAGGUCGCCGUCCCGCGAUCCUACGACCCUGCCAACGGCCGGUCUAGUAAAAUCCAAGCUUGCAAAACCUGUCGCGAGAAAAAGACGCGCUGCGACGGCGACGGCUACAACGCCUGCAACAGAUGCCGCUGCAAAGGCCUCGCCUGCGAAUAUACAAGCUGCGGCAAGCCAAAGAGGUCGCCGCGCCUCUCCAAGUCGAGCCCAGGCCCGUCGUCGAUAUGCAAGCCCCGUCCCCGGUCUGGCCGGAAGCACACUCUUGUCGGCGGCACAAGCGCCGUGAGCGGCGCCGACUACGAUUCCAGCGACACGCUCUCGGACAAGACUGUCUCGCCGGUGCCGUGGAGAAUGGGGUCGCUGGACGUGUUUGACGCUGCGCCUGCGAGCGCCGCGGCCAAUUUCGCCAUUGACCCCUUGCUGCUGCUGCAUAUUCACGACGAUGCCCAGCAGUACGCGGGGUUCGAACAUUAUACCAGCGGCGAGUUUCUGGCCGGCAUGGACGUGGAUACGCAAGGUCUCGCUACGGGGACUGACAUGUAUCAUGGCCUGCAAGCAGACGCAUCUUAUGUGUCCUUGGGGAACGGGGAUGACCAGAGUCUACGGCAGUGUGAACUGAGGUGGUUGCCGAAUGGGCUGGCAUAA